GUCUUCUUCUACUGUUUGUUAUCAUUACGUUGAGCGUCUACUAUACAAUGAAGGAGAAAGACCAGUUACAAGGAAAGUAUGAAACCCUGCGCACUGAGCUAGUUGCUCUGACUAAAGAGAGAGAUGCUCUGACUAAAGAGAGAGACCAGCUGAAGGCUAGUUCCAACAAUUUGAUGACGGAGAAAGACCAGCUACAGAGCCAUUAUGACACCGUGUCUGCAAGUCGAGAUGCCUUACAGCUGGAAGUCGACCGUCUGAAGCUUGGACAAAACUGCUCCCAAGGCUGGGAGAAGUUUGGCUGCAGCUGUUACUACGUCUCAUCUGAGCUGAAGACCUGGAACGAGAGCCACGAUGACUGUGCAAACAAAGGAGCUCACUUGGUGAUCAUCAACAGCAGAGAAGAGCAGGCGUUUCUCAAUAAGUUUGCAGUCAGAGCUUGGAUUGGUCUGUCUGAUGGGGAAGAUGAGGGAAAGUGGAAAUGGGUAGAUGGGAGUCCUCUGGUGGGCGAGGGGUUUUGGCAAAAUGGGGAACCAAAUGAUGAAAAUGGAAGAGAAGAUUGUGCAGAGCUGAUCUCUGGAGUCGGUGAAUGGAAUGACAUGCCUUGCAUGCACAGGCAGCGAUGGAUUUGUGAGGAGGUUAUUAAGAAUUAG